AUGGGACUUGGAAAAAUAAGCUUGGAGUACUGGAAUUAUAUGGUUUUGAUUGUACUUGCGGGAUUGCUUAAAAAUGCCGAGGUCAAAGUUGAUGCUGUCUCCAUUUGUAUGAACAUUGAAGGAUGGAUAUUUAUGAUACCACUUGGUUUUAUUGCUGCCGUCAGCGUAAGGGUCUCGAAUGAAUUGGGAGCAGGAAAUGCAGCAGCUGCAAAAUUCUCUGUUGGGGUUACAGUCUCAAUUGCAUUAGUCACGCAGACUGCUUUUGCUCUCCUAAUUUUGAUAACAAGAAACAGCUUCCGGAAAUUAUUUACAAAUGACAAGGCUGUAAUGAAACAAGUUAGUGCACUAGCUGUGUUUUUAUGCAUCUCAAUCUUCCUUGGCAGCGUCCAACCCAUUUUAUCAGGUAUGGCUGUUGGAGUUGGUUGGCAAGGUGUCGUGGCCUAUAUAAACAUCGCAGUCUACUAUCUCACUGGAUUUCCCAUCGGUAUAUAUAUGGGACUCGUAUUAGAUUGGGGUCUAGAGAUCCCUAAAAUCGGGGUCGAUAUUGGGGCAUUUUCCCCAUUUUCCCCAAAAUCUACCGGAAUUGUGUUGUCUUCGGGAAAGACAUAG